UACCUUGGCUUUAUUUUGUUCCGGUUUGGUCUUUCUUUUCUUCCUUUAUAUACUCCUCCAUUUCCAAAAUUUUCCAAUGCUUCUUCUAUUUUACACAAAUACAAAACAUUUAGUCAACUCUUCUUGAACUUUCUUUCACAUUUCACAGCUUUAAGGGGUAAUCUCCAUUUGAGUUUGAUUAAAACCUUGCCUUGACUUUGACCAUUGAUUAAUGGAGAGCUCUGGAAGUGGUUCUCUCUUGAGGAACAGAAGGUUAGGGAGCUUCCUUGAUACAAAUUAUGAUCCAACUGUGAGAGAAACUCAGAAAGUUUCGAGCAAAGGAGCGGCAAGACAGAGGCCUAAGACUGAUGAUGCUUUUGUUGAUGAUGACGGAUGCAUUUGUUCAUUGAUAUCUUGUGUAAGGAUUGUUACAUGUUUCCUGACAAUGAUGGUCACAACAUUCAUUUGGGCAUUAAUCAUGCUCCUUCUCCUUCCUUGGCCUUCCCAGCGAAUUCGGCAAGGAAAUAUUUAUGGCCAUGUGACUGGUAGAUUGCUGAUGUGGAUCUUAGGAAAUCCUAUAAAGAUUGAAGGAACAGAGUUCUCCAAUGAGAGAGCCAUUUAUAUCAGUAAUCAUGUAUCUCCCAUGGACAUUUUCCUCAUUAUGUGGUUGACUCCAACAGGGACUGUUGGCAUUGCAAAGAAAGAGAUCAUUUGGUAUCCACUCUUUGGACAACUAUAUGUUCUAGCGAAUCAUCUCCGCAUUGAUCGAUCUAACCCUAGUACAGCCAUUCAGUCCAUGAAAGAGGCAGUUCAGGCUGUAAUAAAGCACAACCUAUCUUUGAUUAUUUUUCCUGAGGGCACAAGGUCCAAAAAUGGACGAUUGCUCCCCUUUAAAAAGGGUUUUGUUCAUUUGGCCUUGCAGUCACGCCUUCCAAUAGUUCCAAUAGUCUUGACAGGUACUCACCUAGCAUGGAGGAAAGGUAGCUUGCAUGUUCGACCGGCUCCUAUAUCUGUAAAAUAUCUCCCUCCGAUAAGUACUGAUAGUUGGAAAGCUGACAAGAUUGAUGAAUACAUUAAAAUGGUGCAUGACAUAUAUGUCGAAAACCUCCCUGAGCCUCAAAAGCCUAUUGUAUCAGAAGACACCACUAACAGUUCAAGAUCAUAAAAUAUGUUACGAUGCCUCUCUUUUUUAUUUUUUGUUAAGUUUCGAGUCCGAUUUACGCCUGUGUAAAAGCAAAAAUAAGCCUAAUUGAAUCUUUACUUCUGCCGUAGAAAAGCAUUCUUGAUCUCAUUGUAUCAUAUUGCUAAUUCUCUAGCAAUUA